AUGGCGGCGUCUACUGCCGACGUUGUUGCAGAAGCGGUGCUUGCGCAAUUCGACAAACUCCCUGCCAAGCGAAAGCCCAAGGUUCGCGAGAAUGGCUUACACGAAUGGGUACCAAUAAGUGGCAUCGUGGUCGAAAAGGAUGGCAAUUUCACUUGUGUAUCUUUAGCUACGGGCAUGAAAUGUCUGCCGACCAACAAGAUCCCAGAGUGCAAUGGCGUCGGCUUACACGACUGGCACGCCGAGAUACUUGCCAUCCGCACAUUCAACCGAUACAUCUUGGACGAAUGCGCACGGCUAGUGGACGGGGACUCCUCCGAUCUGAUUGAGCGAACAAUUUCGUCCUCGGCCAAUGCUCGACCGUUUCGUCUAAGAGGCGACGUCCAGCUCCAUAUGUACGCCUCUGAAGCGCCGUGCGGAGAUGCCAGCAUGGAAAACUUGAUGGCGGCGCAGGAAGACGCGUCGCCAUGGGACGUGCCAUCGCCAGCCGACGCGGAUUGCGGUACGUCGCAACAGCUACCCGGCCGCGCCUACUUUUCGCAGCUCGGCGUCGUGCGGCGCAAGCCGGCGCGCAGCGACGCGCCGCCUACGCUCUCUAAGUCGUGCUCGGACAAACUGGCCCUCAAGCAGUGCACCUCGCUGCUCUCGUCGCUGACGUCGCUACUUGUCGACGCCGGCAACGCCUACAUCACCACCCUGGUCCUGCCCGAGGACCAACACUCCGCCGUCGCCUGCCAGCGCGCGUUCUCCGCCACCGGACGCAUGCGAGGCGUCGUGGCGGGGGAGGGCGAGCACCGAUUCCGCGCGUUCACCGUCACCACGACCGCCGUGCAGUUUGCGUACUCUCGACGUGUCGUGGGCUCGCGCUCCGACCGGCUGGUGGCGAGCAACCUCGCGGCCGCGUGGUGCCCGUCCGCGGUGGAGGAGUCCAUCCUUGGCGGCGUCAUCCAAGGCCGCAAGCCGUUCCUGCUCAUUGGCGCCAGCCGCAUGUCGCGACGCAGCAUGUGGCGGUCCUGCCGGGAGCUCGCGGACAGGCUAGCGGACUGGCCGGGCGUGGCGGAGCAGCUCGCCGCGAACACCUACGGCGAGGUCAAGCAGGGCGCGCUGCUUGCCGCGCGGAACAGGGCCAAGGCUCGCGCCAGGGAGGUUGCGCUGCCCGGUUGGAUACGAGGCACGGACGACGAUUCUUUCAAAUUGGAGUAG